CCACCCAAUCGCAUCUAAUGCACAGUCAUUUAACACUUUUCGGAGUUGCUAGAAUGCCAAUUUUUUUUGACAUACCGAUCGCUAUGUUUUCCUUUCACAUUACAACGCAUCUUAGCGUUUCGUUUGUAACGCGUUAAUAUUGCCGCGAAACGAGGUGCACAUUCUCGAUUAGAUUGACCGAUAUCUUCCAUGUCGCACGUGUGUCUCAUCGGUUUAAAAUUGAUCCAAUCUGAUAAUGUAAUGAGAAUGACUAGUUUUUGGAAAACAGCAGUAAAGAAAAACUCGUCUGAUUUUUGACAGAAGUUUUUCAUUCGCUUUUACAAACAAAUCCCCGCGAUAGCGAGCGCGUUAUGGAUUUUCGUUGGCGUUAAGUAUAGCGUUGACAAUAAGCAUAGCUGUGUCGCAAUGCUAAUGGCAGUGAGAGGGAAUCUCGACUGUGUAACUCACCUGUAAAGAUGAAUGCAAGAUGAGAUUCAAUAAGCAGGAACUAUUAACACUGGCCACGCAGCCUUCACAGAAAUUCGAGAAAGAAGGUGUCCUGUAUUUGAGAGAACGACAAGAAGGCUUCUUUCGCAGAACAGAAAGUACAGGUAAAAAACCCGAGAACAAAAAUCAAAGAGGAAGAUCGCAUAAGAGUCUACGAAACCUCAAUUGCGUUACAGCCGGCGCGAGCAAAGUAAGUCUCGAACGAUGGUGCAGAUUGCGAGGCAAUCUUUUGUUCUAUUUCAAAUCGCGAGAGCAGUGGUCGGAGCCGCUGGGGGUGAUCAUACUGGAGCAGUGUACGGUCCGCAUAGAUCCGCCCAGCAAUCACGUCCCUUAUGGAUUCAGUAUAGUUUUCGACGGAGGCUUGUUUCAACAGCUAGGCGCCAACACUGCCGAAGAACGGGACAGCUGGUUGCAAGCAUUGCAGCUGGCCAGUUACGAGUGCAUGCGAAGUCAAUUGCUAUCGUUGCGACAGCGCAUCGAGGCUUUCAGCGAACACAAGCACGACACCGACAUUCAAAUGUUGCGGUUGCAACGUGGGACUUUCACAGAUCCGGCGGAAGUACCAAUGUGCGAGAUAUCAUUAGCCUGCGAUAAUCUAUUAUGCGAUGGACACGGUCGACCACCUACUCCCGUUUUAGAGAUAGAUGUACAGUCAAGAUCUUCCAAGACUUGGAUUAAAUACGCACGAACGGAAGUCGUUGAGCGAAGUAGUAAUCCAAAUUUUUUAACUACGGUAAGUUUUCGAGCUAGCGAUGGUUUGACCACUGAAACGAAAAUUAGAAUAACCGCAUACGACGUCAGGGAAAUGUUCAACAUAGUACAAGACACUCCGAGAUUAAGGAUACCAUUAAAAUCAGCGAGAACAACGACAGUCGGAUUUUUAACGAUUAAUGUGUGGAACCUGGAAGCCGAAGAUAAAGGGAAUAGCACAGAAAGUACACCAUCACGGAAUGCAGUAUACAAUAGUAACAAUCAACAACAGUUGCCUUCGCACAGACGUUCCCAGUCGUUACCUCCAAGACUAGGGACGAAAAUCAAGUUUCCACAUCAAGGCCAGUUGAAACUUUUGUUUGCAAAUCCAUUUGUCCAGACUUACAGAUUCCAUUCUGGACUAGGCGGUGAUAUUUGCGUACACGAGAUUAUGGCGGAGAGCAAGCUCUGUUUCCAGUUUCCCCAGCAUUUAUUGGGUAUUUGGAUACAGGAGGAAAAGGAAUUGCUACAAGAGGUAGCUGGAAUGGGAGAAUUGAGGGAGCCUUGGCAUACGAAGCAAAUUGAAUUGCUCGAUCGUCAUCUUCAUUUGUUACAUCUGUAUUCUCAAGCCAAAGAAAACUUAGCUGCUUAUAAAGGAAAUUAUUUCAAACAGUCAUCGCGGAAAAAUGAUCGUGUUCUCGAAUUCGCGCCUUUGAAUUUGCAUCUUCAAAGAAUGUGGGUUCACAAUGACACAUUGAACAAAUGCGGAUUUUACGAUUUUAUUAGCGUAGGAGCAUUCACCGCUCAUUCCCACAAAAGCAAAAACGGCGGACUCAUAAGAUUGGUGCAGGCACUAAAGGAGUCGCCCAUGCGAAGUAAUCAACUCUAUCAAGGAACAUCCAAGAUUACAAUGGCACAUGACGCAAUCCAAGCGAUCAAACAAUUACGCCGGGACGUUGUAGAGGCAAUGAGAUCCUUGAUGAAACUCGCCAAGGAGAAACAAACGAGCGGCAUGCUACCGAUAUGCGAGGAUAUGAUUACGAAGACCAGGAUUUUACUUAGUCUCUGGGAUCCAGGCUUGGUGGAAGAGGCGUUAACGUUUCUGGAAGAAUACAAAGUUGCGAAGGUUCAGGAAGAUUCGACCACAUCGGAUGACACUUUGACAUUAGACUUCAAGAUCAAUCAAUCUUUAUCACCAUUCAAACGGAUUACCCAGCAGCUGAACUUUGAUCUGAGGAGUCCCGAUUUUGACGAUUUUGUUACGCCUGAUACUCCCGAAUGUAUGCAGGAUAUUUGGUCGAAAAGUAACAUUAAAAAUGGUGAAUACGCUCCCAUAUCAUACUCAAGAAAUGAUGCACCCAACAAUAAUGCCGGCGAGGGCGACAUUGCAGAAGAGAAUUUCGUAAUAUUUCCGGAUGUGGAGGACUACCCCAAACAAACAGAAACAGAGCAGACUGACGAGAAUCUUCAGCGAAAUUAUGAUAACGAAAGAAAAGAGAGUUACGACGAAGAGAAGGAGGACUUGAAGAAUGAUGCCGAUCCGUGCAAGCGUUUUCUAGAUACGCAAAAGAUGUGCAAUUCACCGUCUGCGAAUUAUUACAAACCUACAGACGAGCCGGAGCCGUGGGAUCUCACUCAGUUGAAUAUCGAGGCAAGCGUUAUGUGCCUCGUGUCAAAGGUGAAGUUUCUCUGCGGCAGAUGCAGCAGUCCGGCUGUACGUCUACGCAAUAAAGGUAGCUUAGGCAGGUCGCAGAGUCUCAAAGGUUGCCUGCCGAGUAAUCGGCACAACACCGAAGUCGUUACCAUUCAACCGAAGAACGGACUCAAGUGCGAAGAAUCAAACAAAUUGCUGGACGAGUCGAACGAACAGCGGCAGCAGUCCAGUCCGGGAUUGGAGAAACCGGCGUUCUCCAAAGCGAAAGAAGGGAUAACCGAUACUUAUUGUAACUCGUCUUCCAAUGAAGUGUGCCAAGCGGUCGAUUCGAUGACGCGUGUGAUCAAAAGUAAUUCGGGACAGAGGAAUAAAUUCACCGAGGGUCUGGACUUCGCAUCGAUUGUCGAUUGGACGAGCGAGCUGAGACCGAGCAUGAAAAAGUUGCGGCAAGCUAUGGACGGACUGUUAAAAACUGCUAGACUAACGCAUUCCGUGUUUCGUGUACAGGAAGAUCCGAAAACGGCGCAGCGUGCGUGCAACGUUCGCUAUAGACGAGAUGUUUGCUUCAGUCAAGCACUAACUGCCUUGGUAACAGGCAUAAUGGCGAAACUGUGGUGCCAACGACCCGAUCCGAUGUUUCUGCUAAUACUUACAACUCUGGGACCAUUAGUUUCCUUCGAAGGCCUUCUUAGUUAUUACGGAGACGAAAUAGAUAUGUGGGGUGAUAUGGCCGUAGCGGUCGAAGAUACGCACACCGUCACAUUCACUCUGUCCAGAUGUGGCAUCCAACACAGAAUCGGGGGGAAUGCUAACGCGUUCCAACUUCCUCUACCGCGCGUAGUAGGAUCGCGGAGUGCACUGACGGUGAUACUUCCGGUUCCUGAUGCGAUUUAUUCUCUCCUGCCAUUAGUACCAUCGUCUCGACAAACAUUAUCGUUCAACGUGACUCCGGUAUUUUUCAACAUUGGCAUUAAUGAGAUGGCUUCCUUGGCCGAGAGCCUCGGCACUACGAAGCCGCAAGAGAAAAGUAAUAUGGAUAACUUUGACAGGCUGAACGAGUAUUAUUUGAGAUUUAAGAAACUGAAUCUACCGACGGAACCUACAUCCACGCGUUUUGCUGCUAGAUCGAUCCUAGGCCAUACAUUGUCGGAUAUGAUGGUCAAUUUAAAGAUGUGCGUGCAAGAGAAAGUCAAUAAAAAUGUAGAGAUCUUGCAAUUAUCCUCGCAAAUAUGCCGAAAAAUGCGCGGUUUGAGAUUCACUAGCUGCAAGAGCGCGAAAGAUCGAACUGGUAUGUCGAUUACCCUCGAACAGGUCAAUAUAUUGUCGUCAGAGUAUCAUCUGGCUGAGGACGAGUAUAUGAGAGCCCUCGAUUGUAUGCGAAGCGAGGGCUGCCGUCGGGAGAAUACGUGGAAGAACAUAGGUGUACGUAAGUACGCGUUUAAUAGCUUGCAGAUUCUGACGUUGCCCAGACUCUAUCGACCGCCGACUGGUACGUACGGAUCUGCCCAAUCUUAAGGAAUUCAAUUAGCGUAAAGUACGCAUAUAUUACGUGAAAUUAAAUUCGACUCUUUCUGGCUGUGUAAUCACGGAUUAACUUCCGUAGUAUGUGCUAUAAGUAUGUAGUACUUAUUACAAAGUAACAGAUGUUGAACGUCGAGAUCGUCGUUCAGGUAAAAAAGUGAUUCUUUAGAGAAUUUAUUGGGGACACGCGACUGGCACACGACUGGCACGUGUUAGGCAUACGAAAUGCAAUCAGGGGCGUAGCAAUAGGAUAGCAAUAGGUUAGCAAAAGAAAAGUGAUGCUUUUAGGUUUUCUCGUUAAAUUUUUUCUUUCUACGCAUUUUAAGAUUCAAGUAAUUAUUAGCUAUAUAAUUAUAGCUAUAUAGAAAUUACAAGUUUUGUUGUCGAGUCUAAUAACAGUAGCUAUGCCCCCUCCUCUCGAAAGCACUAUGUAAGUGCAUUAUUACCUAAAUUUGCAACGCAGAGCAGACACGAAUGCAAGCUCGAGUAUGUAACAAAGUAAGCGAUAAAUUAUUUAUGUAAUACGUAUUGUAACGAGGUUGGCUGGAAUGCAGGAAAUGAAUCGGAUUAGAAUAAAAACUUUCCCGCCGAUUUCUUUUUAUUCAUUUCUCGACUUUUAAAUGAUUCUUCCAGUGUCAUUAAAUAGCAAUUACUCUUCCAUUCCGUUUUUAUUUCUUUUGUGAUGCAAGUUUUUAAUUUUGAUCCGAUUCACAUCCUUUACUCCAAUUCGCAAUUGUUGGCGAGUUUUUGCAAUACAAUGCUUUGAAUAUCGUAAACGUUAAACAUCAUCAAUUUGACGCAAAUAUAUUUCGUGAAGAAUGUUGAUAAGUCAUAAAUUAUCACAGCAGUUUCCAUCUCAGAUUUGCACUAUUAUACGUGAUAUUUAACGCUUGUUAUAUUCGCAAAACACGGUAUUGCAAAAGGUCUUUAUUAUAUUUAAUUGAAUUUAUCGUGUUUGUUGAAUUGUCGAUUAUUCGCCUUUACGGAAAUAAGUAGCUCGGUGCCAUCUUUUGCCAUAUAAUUACUUACGGAAUAUUCGAUAAUAUUAGCGUCAUUCGAAGAAAUUUCGUGAUAUCGCGUAAAUAUUGUUCGAGAACAAACGGCGUUGUAUUUAACGGGAGAACGCUAUUCUUCCUCGCACGAGUUUGCAUGUGUGUGGAAAAAUUAUCGUGUUAUAUCCAACACUUUAUCGUACAAAAGAUCCCAGACACGAAUAGACAUAUAGUCGUAUUUACAUCACUCCAAUUGAAUAAUCUAUUAACGCGUUACCGUAAAUAUAGACGGUAGAUUCCAAUUGGUUGGAGAUAUACAUUGUUUUCAAUAAAUUAUUAAUUUUACCCGAUGU